GCUAUUUUGGUAGGUUUCUGAAACAGCUCUUUGUAGAAAAGAAAGCUUUUCAGUGGUAACUCUGAUGUACCUAUAUAUGUAUAUUUAAUUUGCAUUCAUAUUUUGUAUGUAGAUACGCGUUGCGUUUUGUUGUGAUUUUCUGAGAAAUCGUUAAAGUCUUUGAAUCGGCUAAAAAAAUAAAGUCGUACAAGCUGCUGCAGCUGUUUCUGAGUGUCUUUUUCGAUAUCAGCGUAUUUCCAACUUCGGUUUGGUGCGCGUGAGUCACACUACGAUGUGUGCUCUGAAAUAUUCAUAACGUCCAAAAUAAAGUGCGCCAAGUAAACGUCACGCUGCCUGCGCUGUAUCGCUUAAAAAUUGAGUGAACUAAGCAAAGAGAUUGAACUGUAUUCAUUUAUGUUAAUUUGUCGCUUAAUCAUUUAUUAACUAAUUCGCUGGUUUUACGUACAUAAAUACCUUAGUAUCUAUAAACGUAGGCAAAGUGUAAUUAAAAAUCAGUGAUCAUUUCAAAGUUUCCGGUAACACUUGGGAAAAUCCAACAUUUUCGGAAGCUACAGUGACACUACAAAAUAAAUCUUGAAUAAAUAAGCAACAAGAAACAAACUGAAUCGGGUUGAGUGGGAUUCCCUAAUAUUAUGAAAGGAAUAUUUAUAUUUUUUAGCGGUCGAAUGGAAUAAUAAAACGCCUUUCAAUAAAUGCCCAGUGAAUAAUUUGCGCCAAAACAGUUUUAUUUGAAGCAACUAAAUACGUAAUUCUUGAAAUAUAAACAACAUACUUGUAAAGUGAAUAGUGCAAUCCAAGUGCAACUUCUGCUUACCUUCGGUCCUCAGAAGCCGCAAACUGAAGAUAAAAACUACACCGAGUAAUCCCGCCGCCGUCGCUUCCCUUAACGCCGCCCCAUUUCAGCAGCUCCCGGCCUCAUCACACAACGCCACCCACGCCCAACAAUUUACACCGCCCUCGGCGCAGCUGCAGCCGCAGCUACAGCCACAAGUCGAACAAAACAAUCCCAACGUGGCUGCCGUUGGUUGUCUUCGUUCCCUUUCUUCCGUCACCGUAUAUCCACAGGCCGCCAAAAUUGCUCCUUACCAACGGCGAAUGCAUUUGCCCAGCGCAGCUGCUGCGGUGUACAGCGGCGGUUCAACGUCGGGCGGGCUCGGCGGCGGUGGGGGAGUUGGUGGUAUUGGCAUCGGUGUUGGUGUUGGUAUCGGCGAUGCCGUCGGCCACAACGUCAGCGGCCUGAUUGGCACUGGUGCCGCAAUGAUCACAUCAUCUACCUCGCCAAUGGGUUGGUGCGAGGCCGCUUCAGUGCCACAACCGAUUCCACCCAGUAAUGCCAGCGUCGGUAGUAGUUCACCCAUUGGUGGUGCCAGCAAUGGUACGGCGCACAGUAGUAAUAGUAAUACAAAUAGCAGCAGCAACAAUAAUCAUGCACACGGUAACAAUAAUCAUAGUAAUAGUAACAAUAAUGCUGGCUAUCAAGAUUUGUGGUGGACGGAAAGAAUGGUGGAUAUGGCCCACGAGAAGUUUCCCAACGAGUUAGUUCGUACCAGCAAUCCAUAUUUCUUGUGCUCUAAAUUACCCCCGCAUUGGCGCUCCAAUAAAACGUUGCCCAACUCCUUCAAAGUAGUGGCACUCGUGGAAGUCGGCGACGGCACACUGGUGACGAUACGGGCUGGAAACGACGAGAAUUGCUGCGCUGAACUGAGGAACUGCACGGCGGUGAUGAAGGAUCAUGUGGCCAAGUUUAAUGAUCUGCGCUUUGUGGGACGCAGCGGCAGAGGUAAAAGCUUUACGCUUACAAUCACCGUCAACACCAGCCCAAUACAGGUGGCCACCUAUGCCAAAGCUAUUAAAGUCACCGUUGAUGGGCCGCGUGAGCCGCGAUCCAAGACAAGUCCACCUGGCCCACAUCCAUUUCGUGCAAUGGGUAUAAGUCAAACAUUUUUGGAAUCAUCAUCUUACCCCAGCCAUAUGCGUGACUACGAAGUGCGUCGCUCCAUGCGCCAAGCAACGGCUGUGUCUACCAAUGCUACCACCCUGCCACAAUUAGCCAAUCAUUCAUCGCCCAAUAGCAGUCGGACAAUAAAUACAGAUGUGUAUAAACCAAAUGCGGCAGAGAUAUCAGAAUCUAAUCAACUGAUGGGAGCCACAGACUGGACCACUGGCUAUGCAUCGACCAGCCCAGGCGCCUACAGCGGCUAUCGUACGCAUCCCAAUUCAUACCAGUACCCACAUCCAACACAGCCCGCUGCCGCCACCACGAAUCUAUCCCACUAUGGCUAUGACACUAGUGUGCCUCCUCCACUGGCUGUGGAACAUCCCAACCUACAUGUACCCAGCAUGCUCACCGACAUGUCAGCGCUAUGCCCUACAAGCGAUUAUUCGCACAGCGGCAUGACAGCGUCCGCCGGCUCUUUUGUACCCCAUGCUCAAGCGCCCAUUUGUAGCCCCACGCAUUACGGUGGCUGCAAAUCGGAAAUGGAGUCACUCAAUCCCACCUACUCAUCGUACAAUAGUUUCGCCAACGGCUACAGCAACUACAACUAUAGUAGUUGCGCAGCCCAAGGAGCCGCGUACCCGGGGCAGACGCCUCACACAAUGGUACUUUAUCCACAACUCUAUUCCACAGUUAACCAAAACCAAAUUCACGUGCAUGUCCAUGAAAAUUCGCUAACUAUCAGCUCGCUGGCUGGCUGUCGGCCGAGCAUUGAGAUAGGGAUCGGCACCUCAGAUCACGAAACGAUGGGAGCGCAAGGAUCCUCACAGGCAUUGCACGAUGGUCAAAUGGGAAAUGCGAAUAAUAGUGGUGGAGGUGGAGGUAGUGCCACAGCAGCUGGCGUUAACAGUGCUGCCGCUACGGCCACACCUGGCGAACAUUCACUGCAGCACCAGCACCCGCAACAACAGCAGCAGUCGCAAGUACAACAGCAAACACAACAGGGACAUUUGGAGGUGGCACAAGGAGACGCGAAUGUGACUGGUGAACAACACAGUGGAGCGCGCGCAGAAGAUGUGGGAGACAUGGGUAAUGUAUGGCGUCCAUAUUGACCGGGCGCAGACGAAUUUGGCAAAGAUAUACAGGCAAGUGGCGGUUGUGCAACCGUAAGGGAAUAUUUAUUAGCACAUUGAACUGAGCUGGGAACUGAAACCCGGAGGAGGUGAAAAUUUAUUACAUACAUAAAUUUUACAUAAACAUUUUAUGUGUAUGAUUAUAAAAAUGUAUAAUAGAAUUAAAAUAAAUUGUUUAUGAAUAUUUAGUUAGUUUGUAAUCUCCCUGCUAGAAACAACUGGUUCGAAAUUUUUAGUUUGCAUAGUAGAAAUAAGUAAAUAAAUAAUUCGGAUAUACCUAGUUUAAUCGCACAAGUCUCUACGAAUCAGAUUUCAACCGGUUUAAAGUAGUGCUUAAGUGGCGUGUCUAAGGUUACUUUCUAUGCUGUUCUGAAACGAUUUUCCAUUUGCCAUAGUUAUGGAGAGCAUUCGUUUUUUAGAAGGACAGUACUUUUUUUAAGGUUCAUUUACUUGUUUUUCGAAAUAUAUGUUUUGUCCUUUAUUUCAAAAUACGUUCUUUGAAAAUGUUUCUUUUAAUACAUAAAACACGCCCUUAUUAUACAUAAAUUAAUGUAUUUUAAAAACUGCUUCCUUUUGGUUGGUGUUCAAAUUUGUAUGCUUUAAAUAAGCUGGAUUUAUAUGAUCAAAUAUAAAAGCUAUAAAUUAAGAGAUUGAGUUGCUUAUCGCUCCAUAAUCUAUAAACAAAAGUUCAAACAGCCACGGUUACCGAUCAAAACUUUUGUGGACUUCAAUUAAACGUCUGUCUUUACACUAAAAAAAAAUAUUAAAUAUAAUACUCUUACCAUUGACUCGUAAAAAGUGUACAUACAUCAAUAAAUACAUAUUAACUAAUUUUUUAAUGGUAAUUCAAUCGUCCAUAAAAAAAGAGUUAAUGUACAAUUAUGAGUAAGUACUUAAACAAGUACUUACCGAAAUAUUUACAAUACAAAUUUUCAAUAAUUCUGUUAUUUAGGUUAAAAACGUAUAUAUCUCCAUACAUACAUAUAUGUAAGUGUUUAUUCAUAAAUAUUAGUACAACUUAAUUUACAACAAUUUAAUAAAA